GGAGACAGCCAAUCAGGUCGAGUCCAUCCGUGCUACCUUAGCCCAGCUCGGUCAAAACAACAGCUCGUCCAGUGUCACUAGCCGUUUCCUGUUAGCAUUCACAGCAUAGCCAGCGACAAAAACUAAAAACGCAUAAAAUGUUAAAUUAACAAAAGCGUGUGUUGUCCGUCGAUGUUGUCUUUUUCAUUUUGGCGUCCGUGUACUCCAGAAGGCAAAGCUAAUUAGACGCGCCGUCGCGUCGCUAGCCGCCAGGCUGCUAGCCCACCCUUGCUAACAACGGCGAUCCAGCAGUGAAAGAUGGGCUCCGUGCUGAGUCGCAGAAUCGCUGGUGUCGAGGACAUCGAUAUCCAGGCCAACUCGGCCUAUCGAUUCCCACCCAAAUCUGGGAAUUAUUUUGCGAGUCACUUCUUCAUGGGAGGAGAGAAAUUCGACACACCACAUCCAGAGGGAUACCUCUUUGGAGAAAACAUGGACCUGAAUUUUCUUGGAAAUAGGCCAGUGCAGUUUCCAUAUGUGACGCCUGCACCCCACGAGCCUGUGAAAACCCUGAGGAGUCUGGUCAACAUCAGAAAGGACUCUCUGCGUUUGGUCAGGUAUAAAGAUGACUCGGACGCACCAGUGGAGGAGGGUGAAAAACCCAAGGUUCAGUACGGUGUGGAGUUCACCUUCGAUGCUGAUGCUCGAGUGGCCAUCACCCUCUACUGCCAGGCAUUUGAGGAGUUCUCCAAUGGGAUGGCAGUGUACAGCCCAAAGGAUCCAUCAAUGGUCUCUGAAACUGUACAUUACAAGCGAGGGGUGAGCCAACAGUUCUCCAUGCCGUCUUUCAAAAUCGAUUUCAGCGACUGGAAAGAGGAAGAUCUGAACUUUGACCUCGACCGAGGAGUGUUUCCCAUGGUUAUCCAGGCUGUAGUUGAUGAAGGAGACGAUUGCCUUGGACAUGCUCACGUACUUUUGGCAGCCUUUGAAAGACACGUUGAUGGCAGUUUCUCCGUCAAGCCUCUGAAGCAGAAACAAAUUGUGGACCGCGUGAGCUACCUCUUACAGGAGAUUUAUGGGAUUGAGAACAAAAACAACCAAGAAACCAAGCCAUCCGACGAUGAGAACAGCGAUAACAGCAACGAGUGUGUCGUCUGUCUGUCCGACCUGCGGGACACGCUCAUCCUGCCCUGCAGACAUCUGUGUCUCUGCAACUCCUGCGCAGACACCCUGCGUUACCAGGCCAACAACUGUCCCAUCUGCAGACUGCCGUUUAGAGCCCUCCUGCAGAUCAGAGCUGUGAGGAAAAAGCCUGGAGCUCUUUCUCCUGUGUCUUUCAGCCCUGUUCUGGCUCAGACUAUGGACCACGACGAGCACUCGGGCACAGACUCGGUGCCUCCCGGCUUUGAGCCCAUCUCACUGCUGGAAGCUCUGAACGGUCUGCGGUCGGUAUCUCCUGCCAUCCCGACUGCACCGCUGUACGAUGACAUCAACUUCUCCGGGGGUUUGGGUGGUGAAAGCCGACAGCUGAGCUCCCCAGAGCAUCUAAGUGAUGGGAGUCUGCAGAAAAGCAAAGUCAGCAAGUCACCUGACAGCACCCUUAGGUCUCCGUCUUCUCCCAUCCAGGAGGAGGAUGAGGAGAAGCUGUCUGAGAUGUCUGACGCUCAGCCACACACGAUGCUGUCCAGCAACCCCGCCCCCACAGACGCCACAGCAACCGAGGACGUCGCAGAGUCCCUGUCUCCAGACGACGAGGACAGGAUGCAUGCGGGUGGAGACAUCCUGCAGGACUGCAGCAGCGAGCACAGAUGCUUGACCAAAACAGAGAGCGACCCAGCAGGAGACCUGUCUCUGCCAGCUCUAGGUCCUGAUUCCUGCUCUAUUGGUAUGGAGGAAUAACUGCGGGUCGUCCGAGUCAACGGAAAGCCUGAAAAGUCAGAGCACAAACUGCUCCAGCCAGCCCCUCCUGUGUCCCACGAGCAGCCUUCACAUGGAGGAUGAGCAUCUCGACCCGUGACUCUGAUCCGGACGUUUCCCCUUUCAUCCAUCACAACAGGUUUAUGCUUUACAAGGAUCACCCAGUCCCCCUGUUCCUUUUCACAGCCCUAGCUCAGUCUCUUGCGUCUGCGGUCACAGAGUCAUCAAAAGUAAGGUUCACCAGGACCAAGGGAGGACCGUGUUAAUUCCAUCAACGUCUCUGACAUUAGAAAAGAAAUUUGACUCGUGCAAAGAUGCUCUUGGAACCUUACUUUAAACAUUUCAUUAACUGUCAGAUGUUGUCCCUUGUGGCAGAGUUGUGGUCUAGUCAUGUGGAUCCCAGAUAAUAUUUCACUACCUCUCAUGGUGGUAGUGAAGUGCUUUGAAGCUUUUAAGCACACUUCCUUUGAAUUAACUUGUUUUCUUGACACUAAAUUCAGACAGAUUUAUAUAAUAACACUUUGUGUUUUGAUGUUGUAUUCAUCAGUGGAUCGCAGUAAUGACUCGAGAGCCCAUUUUUUUUCCAGUUCAGACGAGCAUUUUGGGUUCCGAGCAGACAUUCGAGAGCAUAUUACUCACGUACGUGUGUUCAUUUGAAGUGAUUUUGCACUCCUUUAUAAUCCAUUCCUUCUAACGAGAGUUUAUGAUGACGUCAGUUUCAUUCUUCUUAACGUCGUGUUCUAUUAUUUCAAAAUUAUGUGAUAUCUAUGUAUCAAAACUGUACUAGAAUCCUAUGUAUACUUGCAUAUUAUAUAGGGGAGAGUGGGGGAGUCCUGUAGGGCUGCAACUAACGAUUAUUUUCAUAAUCGACGAAUCGAUUAGUUGUUUGGUCCAUAAAAUGUUAUCAAAUUGUGAAAAAAAUUAAGAUUGUUUUUCCCACACACCAAAUAUAUUUAGUUUUC